AGACUUCUUACAUUUAAAACAUUUUGAGAUCGCAAAGGUUCAUUUAUUGUGGAUCUGUAGUAUUUUAAAUUGAAAACUGCCUUUGUUUCAGAGCAGGUUUCAGUUGAAAAUUUGGGGUACAGCUUAUUUGGCUCCCUAUUUGGAAGCCAGGAGCUGUGGAAUGAAAGUUUGAGAAAGCCCCUCCUGUUUUAAAGAGAAGUCAUGGUACUGGCCAUCCCAAAGCCGGCCUGUAAACCGGAAUAGCGAGUCCUUGAGAACUGCUGUAGGUUGUUAUCUCCACAUACCACAGGCACAGUUACUAGGGUUUCUUAAGAUCUGCUUAAAGGCCCCAAGGCUUUCCUUAGAAGGAAAUCUGUGUGCUUUCCUGCAUAGUAUUCAUAGUGGCUUAAGGCACUCACUUCUUCUCUGGCAACCAUCACCAAUCUCCCGACUCCAGAGUUUGUGCUGUGUUGUUGAAGUUGAGUCCUCUGUCUUUUGUCCACGAGAUUUUCUUCAAUUAUCUUGGAUAAAUGGGACAGCAGCAGCAGCAGCAGCUCAGAAAUCAUUAAAACCUACCAUUCUCCAGUAGAACCAAGAGAUGCCCAGAAGUCUCCAGUCAUCCUGGAAUACAAAUAAUGUCCCCCACAGUGCCAAAGACCCUCCUACUCGAUUCCCUUUCUUCUUUUACAACAGAAGAAAAAGGCUAAAGAUAAGGGAUCCGGUUUCUGUUAUCUUAGUCCUUCCUGGUCUUGUCCAUCCUGCCUUCUUCUGAUUCUGUUUGCUUUUCUGACCAGCACCCUGUCUCCACUCUCAUUGUCCACCCACCUUUCUACUUGUCUGAGUAAGCUUUUUAUCUAGUCCCCUUUCUUUGGGGUUAUGUUUUAAUCUAACCCGGUUCUCACUCAUUGAAAAUAUUUUCUUUAAGCUACCUUGUGAAUUUUCAGGGAAAUGAAAACCAGGCUAAUAAGAUAAGGCUUCUUGGAAAACACUACAGGGGGCUGCACUUUUUUAUUAUCACAUCAUGAAAUUGUGGUUACUGUUUGAUAUUGAACAACCUAGGUUUAACAUUAGAGGUCCGUGUGACUCACUCCUCUUUGAACAGGCUAUCUGGGGUGUGGAGAUGACAACCUAAAUUUGUGUGGGAAGAAAGGUAAUAAAGAUUUCAAAGCCACAAUCUGACUUCCUAUUUGAAAAACAUUACCGUAGUGCUCCCCUGUACCAUUGCAAAUCCUGACAUUGGAGCCUACCGACAGAGACCGCCACCUCACCAACAAACCCUCUAUUCCGUUUCCAAAGCGGAUACAGAAUCACUUUGACAUUGUCUGACCUUUCUGCUUAGGAUCUCUGGAAGAAUGAUGGCUUCUUUCUGUGGAGUUCCCAGUGCAAACAGUUUUUUUUUUCUUCUUGUUCCCGUUUGUUUAUUACAGGAAGAGUCUUGCUAACGGUCCCGCUCUGUUUUCUCUGUUCAUCAUUGUUAAAAUUGUCAGGAGAUUAUUCAUGUUACCUGUUCUCUCUGUUAAUUAAUGGGAUCUUAUAAUAGCUUAGAAUUUUUGGUUUUAAACAUAGCAUAGCAUUAUCUUAAGGGAUGUAAACCUCAGAAGUGUUAUCCCCAGGCAGUGUGGGUAAGAUAAAGCUCUCCCUAGGAACUACCACAUCAGAGUUAAAGCUCAGGAAGAAGGGAUGGCUAAUCAUUAAUAAAGCAGAGUGAAAUGAGCCUUUCCCUGCCUAAGUUUAUGGCAUUCAGUGUUGUUAUCACAGGAACAGGUAGCUCUGAAAGCAAACUGACCACCAAGCUUCAGCUUGCCAUACGGGCUCUAAGGUUAGGAGGAUGUUGUGAUUUAUGCCAGUUAUGGUCAGCACAAAGGCAUGGUGCACCAAAAUAUGCUAAGACAGAGACAAUAUUAAGGGUGGCAGCAUCUUGCUAGUGUCUUCAGCACCAGGGUUGUGAUGUUGAACCACACUCAGUUUCAGAUUACAGUCACUGAUUUCCUCAAAAUCUAAGAGUAAACAAUAUCACCUCGCAUUCUAGCAAACAGGCACACUGCACCCUGGUGCAGGGAUAGGGAGAGAAUGGUGAUGGGGAGAGAAAGCAUAUUGUAAGCAGACAGACUUCCUUUGACUUUAAAUUGAUUGUUAAACCUUUUCUGGGUUUAUAGCAGGACUGUGAUUCUACCCCCUUGUAAUCUUACCAACUGUUGAUUUUACAGUUUCUUUGCUGCUUUUCAGUCAAACUGAGCUUUAAAAAAUGACUAAAGUCUUAGUUACAUUUGCAUCUUUUUCAUGAUUAAAGUCAGUGGAUAUAUUUCGUAUGGCCCUCUAUUUUUAUGUUGAGUGUUUGGGUUUUAAAGAACGCCACUGAAUAAACUGAUAGAAAACGGAGUUGGACGGGGACGGGGACGGGGACAGAGACGCCAAAGUGUAAGUAAGCUCUAGUACAAUGGUAAAUUGCAGAACACCGAUAAUGGUAAAAGUCAAGUGGGCCUUAUAAGAAAGCACCAAAUUUAAGUAAAUACUGCCAAAUUGGUUUGAGGCUUUUAGCAGUACAGGGACAAACAUAUUUGGAACGGCUCGGCAUGGACCUGCUUACAAGGAAGCAGAGCAUUCCCCUAGAAUUUCAUAACCUAUUAAUGUCCUUUUGUCCUUUGUCCAUUUAUUUUUACUCUGCUGUUUAUUUCUAAUUAACAUGUAAGAGCUACCUUAGGCUGCCUUGAAGGUUGAUGUUUCGUCUCAUUUUUCGGUGGGUUUUGUUAGUUUAGUGUUUGAGGUAGGUGCUUACUCUCUAGUCCAGAUUUUCACUCUGUAGCCUAAGCUCCCUUACUGCCCCCCCAGCUACCUGCCUCAGUUUCCCCAAUGCUGGGAUUAUAGGUGUAAGGCGCGCAGCACCCACUUUAGAAGAGAGAUAUUUUGCCUUGAAAACAAACUUGUACCAAGUUUGUCAAGUUUUCCCAUUUUGGCGUACUAUUUUUUACUAUAAGGUCUCCCUCCUUGGUUUCAGUAUAUUCACAUACACAUUUCUUCAAAGAAUUUAAUUAGUGUUUCAUAUUUAGAAAUGACUAAAAUGUGUGAAAGUUUUAGAAGGAUGAAUAAGACCUAAUUAUAUAUGCACACACAGAAACAUCACACACACUCAAACACCACGCACACAGGCACGCACGCACAUGGGCGCAUGCGGAAACACACACACACACACACACACACACACACACAAACACACACACACACCACAGCAAGUGGUGGAGGGAGCAUAAUAUAACAACAUCAGGACCAGGAAAACUAACCUUUCAAAGACUUAAUUUCCCCCUAAUAAGGUAUUAUUAAUUCACCUCAAUCACUAAGCGGGCCAUGGCAAAUAUUUUUAAGACAUUUUGAGCAGCUGGACCUCAAUUUAGUUUGCAGAAAUAAAGUGGCAGAAUAGGCAAAACAAAACAUUUUGUGUGUUGCAAAAGAUAUUCUUAUCUAGGUCUUUAAUAUAUGUUAAAGAUAUUUCUGCAUUUUUUUCAGGGAGGGAAUCAUCUGCCCUGAUGCUUUGAAUGCAAAGUAAAGGACACAUGUUGCCUUUCUGCUUUCUAGCUUAAAAAAAAAAAGCCCAUGUUUUUCCUUUGCAGACUGUAACAAGUCUGAGUCUGAGUUGGCUUUCGCCCCUCCCCAGGGGCUCUUCCCUGCAGCCCCCAGCACGAGAAGGGGCGGAGCUUAUGCCUGCUGGUGGGAAGCGCGCAGCAGCGCUCGUCCUGGGGGAGGGGUUGCACUUCUCAGGCGGCGGCGGCAGCAGCAGACUAGGAGCUAGGAGGUAAUGGCUGUCUUAAAGCCCGUUAUUUUCUGGCAAUUUCUUCGCGUUUUGGUGGGAAGGUGGAGAAAGAAAAUAGAGAGUAUUGCCUGGGAGAGGUGGGAACGCAAUAAUGUUUUGAUAGAUUUGUCGUAACUCGGAUGGAAUUAAUCUUUAGGAAUUUGGGGUUUUCGGAUAAUUUGAAAGUCCGUAGUGUGGGGAGAGGUGAUCAGAUUGCAGCUUCUAAAAUAAGACUUCAGUGAGGCAUGCCGUUCAUGUUCAUUUUCUUACGUGGCAUUCCAUGUUUGUGUCUCUGGUAGUUUUUUUUUUUUUUAAAUCGGAUUUUGUUUUAAACAUUUGCAUUCUGCCAAAAAAAAAUAACUGGCAGAAAACGCAAACAUUAAAUGAAUGAUAUAGAAAGGUACAUGAGCUUGGAACGAGAUUUAGAUACGCUGUGGAGUGAUAUCACUUGUAAAAAAAAUGCGCCUUUUCCUAACGGGGGCGGGGGCGGGAAACUAGACUCCUUGAGUCUCCCACUGUUUGGGUAUAGUUGGUGUUGGCAGAAGUGAAGCAAAACCUUUUCUUUUUAUGUGAACUGUUCCCAGCAUUUUCAGAAUUGCUUUAUUCCUGGAUAAUUUUUUUUUAUAAUUGGAAAGCAAAAUGAUGCUGAGACAGCAGACUAUGUUAUCUCAAACACACUUGAGCACUCACACACACACUCACAGACACAUACAUAAGUACCCACAGAGAUACGAGCUCUCAUAACCCUUUGCUUUUGCUGAAAGAGGAUUUUUUUCCUGGACCCAGUCAAACAAGGAGCCAAGUUGUGUAGACUUACAACCCUGGGUGUUUCCUGCUGGUGAGGACUCCUCUCAGGCCACAGGUAGAGAAAACAGUGAUCUGUAAGAACCAUUAUGUUUUUCUGUGUUAUCUCAGUUUAAAAGUGAGAUAGGGGACUUGGUUUAAUUCUCUAAGCAGUUUUAAAAGUAUUAUGCAGCACGAUACUUCAAUCCUAUGGAAUGUUUCAUAGCUGCCAAAUAAAAGUGAAGCUGUAGUGAUUUGAAAAGCUGUCUGCAAAGUAGAAGUCAGUGGAAGAAAAGGAAGUUUAGAAUGGCCUCAGUGUUUUAAGUCAUUUAAGCAGAAAAACUAUGAUUAACAAAGUGUGUGUCACCAAAAUCAGGAAAAAGGAGUGUUGAUUUUCUAAUGGAAUUUGUAUGUGAUGGGGUAGAAGCAGUCUUACCAUCUCUGUUUUAUAGCCUCUUUCUGUUGGUUUGUUUUGUUCUGUUUUGUUUUGUUUGAGACAAGUUCUGUAUAAACCAGCCUCCCCUGGAACUAUGCAAUUCUAGGCUAGUGCAUGGCAAUCCUCACGCCUCAGCCUAAUGAACGAUGAGAAUGUAGGCAUGAACAAAUGUGCUGGAUUUAAAAUCAUCUCUGACCUGCAUUUAGUCAUUUUCUAGUAAUAUUGAAAAAAAAAAACUUGAUAUAACAUGCUUCAAAGUUGGAGGGUGGAGGGAUAGAAUUUGAAACAGUGCAUUAUUAUGAACCAAACCAUCAGGUAUGGUGUCUUAUAUCUGUAAUCCAAGUAUUCAAGAGCCUAAGGCAGGAGGAUUGCUUUGAGUUUUAAAGUUCGCUUGAGACUGCAAAGUGAUUUCCAGAUCAACCUGGGUUGCCAAACAGCACCCCUGAUUCAAAGAACCAAAACAAACAAGAAAAGCUGGUUUGUAAUAGUACGGAAUCAUGUGUGUAUAUAUGAAUAUGUAAAGUAUACAGGCAAUUUUUAGUAGUUAGUCUUUCUAAAAUUAUACUUUUUUGUAGCUUUCCCAUAUUUGAUAUUUUCAGUAAACAUGAAAUUUAUAGUAAAGACUUUUGUAGGUAGAGACAUUUGGAUUCCACCUUUUCUGCAAUGCAUAAUAAAGCUCUGGUUUUUCAGCCUGGUAUAUUCUAGAAGCCUAAGCUGCUGACUGGCAAGAUAUAGUUCCCACUCUUCUCCAAGGGCAUGAUAGUUCUGCUUCUGGACACAAGAGGGCGCUUACCAGAUAGCCUAAUUUUUCUCCAGACAAGUGUUUUUUAUGAAGUGAGCAAACAAAACAGAGAAACACAUUUUGUAUUAGAAAAGUGCAAGACAGCAUGUAGUAUAUAAUGGGAAUUCAUUUGAAAAAGUCUGUGUGUAAGGAAGACAAAGCCCCAUCCAAAACUGAUGUGAGGACUCUAAACACUUAAAAUGGAGUUCAUACGGAUUGGUUCAUAGUAGACAGAAAGCUCUGUUAUUUCCAUUCUCUUCUGUCUCUGCCUGGUAAUGUUUGCUAGCAAAAUGGCAUGAGUACAAGAGUUUUGAUGGGGAAGUUUAUUUAUGAUUUCUAAAACCCAUUUUAUUAGUUUGAUUCUCUGUUCCUUUUUGGCACCACCUCAGUUAAUAGCACAUUUGCAGCGUACCUGUGAUCCAUCAGAGCACUAGAAAGCCAGUGCAAUUGCAGACGUGCCCAGCAGAGUCAAGGCUCUGUUGGGAAAGCAGCUGGAGUGAGAAUCAACACAGCUGGAUCACAGGGCCAAUGCGGGUCAUGUGACAGGGGGUAAGGGCCUUCCCAUUUCAUAAAACAUUUCAUAUGAAAAACAUGAUGUUGAAGAUUUGGCUUCUUUGGUUUCUGGUUCAGUAGUCAUAGCAUAACAAAUUAAAAGAUCACACGUUGUAAUUCUGGUAAAGAAAUAAGUACAGGUGGUUCUCCGUGGCCAAUGAUUUGAUUUGUUUUCCUUCUACUUUAUUAUGGUUCAGAAAACACUGGACCUCAGUAGAAGUAAUGCUUUCAAUCUGUAUUUCUUUUCCUAAACUUGUAGUAUGUAGGACCACUCAACUUUCUAAUCAAUACAGGGUAGCAGCAGUGAGCCACAGCUUUCAAAUUACUCAAAAUGCUGUUUCCCUUUUGGCACAGGCUCCAUUAAUAUCCCAUUUGCAAGUGAUACAGGCAGUGUCCUGUGAGCCAUUUUGAGUCCCCAAAAGGCAAUGCAAAUGUAGACAUAUCCAGCAGAGUAAAGGCUCCGCUGGAACUCAGCUGGAGUGAGAAUCAAGACAACUUUCAGUCAUGUGAUCAUGACAGGAAACAGAGCUGUUUGGUCCAGUGCACUGCUGCCAGUGCUCUUUUUGUUUGUUUGCUUCUUUUUUGUGUGUAUGGGGUUUGUAUGUGCGACACCUACGUGCAAUACCCUUGAAGACAAAGGAAGGUGAUGAUGCUCUGGUACAAGAGGUAAAAUGGUUUGUGAACCACCACGUAGCUGCUGGGAUUCAAGCCCAGGACCUCUGAAAAAGCAGCCGGUGCAUUUAACCAUUCCUCCAGCCCCCUGUGGUUUGUUUUUUUGAGAUAAGGUCUCUAUAGUCCAGGCCAGCCUGAUACUGGCUACGUAGACUAGAUUGGCUUAGAAUUUACAGCCCUCUGCCUGUCUCUGCUUCCUUAGUGCUGGAAUUAUAUGGAACCACAGCCAUCUCUACUAGUGAUUCUGGAGUGAGAGAGAGGGCUGUGUGUGUGUGUGUGUGUGUGUGUGUGUGUGUGUGUGUAUCCUAGUAUGUCCACAGAACAACUGAAAUGCUGUUAACUGUGAUGUUUUCAAAGUCUAAUGAGUUCCUCUGUAUAUGAUUCUAAGUUGAGGAAAAUGCAUGUUAAAACUCUACAAUGAUAUUAGAAAAAAUGUUCACAAUGAUAGCUACUUUUGGAAGUCCUGUCCAAGCCAACUGUAUGCCUCACAAGAAAACCUUGGAAAGCAUCAUGACAAUAAGUAGCUAUGUCAGUCUUUCCAAACCUCUGACUGUCAUCCUCUUAAUGAUAGGUUACUAUGUUAUCUGGGCCAGCGGAGGAGACACAGACGCUGAAUUCUAUCUGGUUGAUAGGGGUAGAUAAAGAGCUCUGGCAACUUACCCAAGUUAAAAGAGCAAUCCCUAGACUAAACUGUGAAAGCCCCAAGACUACUAAAGUAAUAAUGGAAAUGGUGUCCCUGAUGGACUCCCUGCUCCCCUUGCCUGUGUCCCACUUGUCAACAGCACACAUACUCACUCCCUUCAUACAGUGACUGCAAUAAGGACUAUGUCCUAGGACGUUAUAAAAGUACCUUCGUAAAAUAAUUUAAAUAAUCUUCCAAGCCACAGUUGUAUAUCUUGACCUAGUGCCUGUAACUUUUUCUUAAGUUUUAAAGAUUUAUUUGUGUGUGUGUGUGUGUGUGUGUGUGUGUGUGUGUGUGUCUAUGGAGGCCAGAAAAGGGGUGUUGGAUUUCCUAGAGCUGGAGUUCUAGGCAGCUGUGAGCCUCCUGGUGGUGUGCUGGAAAAUGAACUCUGGUUAGCUGAAAGAGCAGCGAGCAUUACAGACCGCUGAAACAUUCCUCUGCCCUCCCCAACUCUUUUGAUAAACAGCCAUCUUCUAGUUUUAUACAUUCUAAUUACUUUCUCAAGCUUUUUUAUUGGAUUAUGUAUAUGUUCGUGGGGGUGGCACAUGCUCGGGUGUAUUUAUAUGCUCCUCACAUGUUUGGAGGUAAGAUAUCUUACUGAGCCUGCAGUUCCCUUGACUUGGCUAGAUUGGUUAGGUCCAAGGAUCUUCUGUCUACCUUUCCAGAACUGAGAUUUCAGGCACAAGCUCAGAUCUCCACAUAUGGCAAACAUAUUACUGACUGAGAUAGUUCCCUGGCCCUUUAUUUAAGCUCAUUGUAAGUUUUUAGAAGCACCUACACAGGCAUCUAAAAUGAUCGCUUCUCUGGUUAAGCCAGGUAAUCAAACAUAAACUCCUGGAACCUAAAGGCUUUUGUGAAUGAUUAAAAGCUUACUGAAUGAUUCCUUGCCUAAAUCUAGAUGUACUAAUGAGGCAUGUCCAUAUUUAGACCUUCUGUGGUUUAUACUGAACACUUUUUUAUCACCUUCUUCUUGGUCAGUGUGUACCUGGUGUUGUUCACUUAGGCUGCUGCUGAUCUCUAAAAGGUAUUUAUGAUGUGGAAUAUGUUUUAAUAUCAGACAGUACAAGUUGCCCAUUCAGUCUGCUAAUACAGUUAGAACUGGGUUCCAAACCCAUGCUUUAAAUAUUCUAUCGAAGCACCUUGCCAUAGCACCUGCCUGAGAAAAUUGGUAUUUAGAUAUUUGGUCUACUGUCUCUCUUAUGGCCUCAGCAAAAUAUUAGAAUCAGGGUGAUAAGAAUAAGUCUGGUCCUUCCUAGAUUUUUCCCUAUAGAUGCCGCAGAGUUAUGAGGAACACAUUUCUUCAAGUUUCCAGUAGUGGAUUCUAGACAGGUCUUUCAGUCUGUUCCUUCAGUGAGGAACAGCACCGUCUAAUAGUCUGGGCAUAUAAUAGAGCUUUGUUUAUAUAUGUGUUAUGAUGAUGUGUUCUGAGGCCCUGGUGUCCUUUUCUUGGAUUUUAUUCUUUAAAAGGUUUCUCAUUACACAAUCCACAGCCUUCACACUGAGAUCCUCUCUAUUGGCAUUCUGUAGAUUUCCAUAGUCAUGAUGGUAUGCAGAUCUGCUUAGUUUUUGUUCUCUCUUUUUUAAAGCUUUUGUGUCAUGCUACAUACAUUUGAUCAAAGAUUAUUGAGUUUUUUCUCCCUGGCAAUGAUAUACUACAUUGGAAUACUGUGUUAUGUGUACCUCAAUGCUAAGGGUCACUGAAUAGUUUGCAUGUCCUUUGAAGGUCUAAGAUUAUUUUAACAAUGUCUUUAAUAGUGUACAUUGACUUCACAAUGGUCUUUGAGCAUAUUAUAAUGCACAAAAAUACUGAUAUGUAUAAUGUAGGUAAGCUAUCUCUUCGGGAUUAUGAAGCUGCUUUUCUAGGGGAAUACAUGAGUAACCAGCUCUCCCAUCUUGAGUCAUAGAAUUUGACUACUCUUUUUCCCCAUCUUUCUUACCUCUUCUCUCUCCUUACAGCUAUAUAUUUGACUGGCAUGGAAGGCCUUCAGGAUAAUUAAAGCUGAGCCAAAGAGAGGAGUGGCCUUCAGCUCUGCGUCACCGUGGAGGCCGAGCCUUCUUUGAGCAGCGCCUGUGAGUUCUGGCUUGCCAGCCUCGGGGGAGGAGCUGCAUUUUAGCAGGCUGCAGCUGACAAGAAGCUUCAAGAGGUGUCUUGAGAUUGGAGUGACUCCAGAAAGGCAGCGUAACUACAUACGUGCCCCACAGGGUGAAAGACCUGUUUGGAAGUCAGCUGGCGUGAGGGUCACACAGCCAGACUACCUACCAGUGUACCAAACAGAGUAUCUUCCAGAGUUCUCUUAUUCAAACAACAUGUUCAAGUAUCCUGGGGACAUAUCUGUGGAAGAAAACGGUGCACAUAAGCUAUAAACUCUUUGUGGUUCUAAAUCAAAAAGAAACGUUACUAAGACUGGUGUUUUGAUAGCACUUGUAUUUGCAGCCACAAGGCUAGCCAAUCUCUUUGUCUGUAAUACUAACUACUUGGCACAUUAAUCUAAAUCAUAAUGGAUGGUGAAUAUGUCCUAUGUAGUUGGAAAGACCAAUUAUGGCCAGCCAAAGUUUUAGAUAGGUCUGAAAGUCCUUCAGACAGUAAGAGGAAAAAGACAUUGUCUGUAGAAGUUGAAAUACUUUCACUGGAUGAGAAAAUUACCGUGGAAAGCAAAGACACAAAAGUCCUAACCAAAUCUGCUGUCGAAGCCAUUAUGUCCUCUCUAACAGUGCAGUCAGAGGUCAGCUUUACACCUACGGAGGAAACUGCCUAUGAAAGAUCACUGAAAAUGGCACUGGAAAUCGUGGAAGAAAGAACAAAUCAGAGCCACGAAAGCAUGGCAGAAGAGCAACAUAUGGCUACAGCAUCUGAAAAUGUGCCACAGCAGCCGCCUGAUUCGCCUCCUCAUAAAAAGUUCCGGAAACUCGAAAGCAACCUCCAGGAAGACUCGGCUUCCAUGUUGCUGUGCUCCGAGAGUGAUGAUUCCCUCUCCGACGAGAAGUUGCAGGUGCACACAACCAGUGAGAACAUGCCAAGUGAAGUGGAAAUGAAGUCAGAAAACUUAAGCUGCUGCCAAACGUACCCUUCCUUUUCAGAUGAUGAUGAUAAAAAAGAAGAAAAGAAAAAGAUUGACAUCUCGGCGAUCAUGUCUGUGAAUUUAUCGCUCAAAGAAGAAAGCGAAUUUAUUAAAGAAGAAAAGUUUGUCCCCUCAUCAGAAGAUCUCGCUGUACCCAAAGAGGAGUCCCAAGACAUCCUCCCAGAUGCCCCGGCUGUUUCCUCUGAAUGCUUUAUUGUCUCAGAGAAUAACAUGGAAGAUCCUGGAGAGGGCCCAUCAAAUCAGAAUCCAGGUUCCUAUGGCAGCCAAAGUCAGUCUACUGUGGAAUCAGAUGUAGGUGCUGAGACAUCCACUGCAGGGUGCUCAGGGGACUAUCAGGUUUCCCUUCCUGCCCGUGAUACAGUCAACAGUGAUCUACUACUCCAGAGACUGGAUUUAGAAGAUCUUGAGGAAGAAGCCCGAGCUUCUGGCAAGCUUUUGUCUCUAAAUCCUGCCUGUGCGGCUGCGUUAGAAAAUGAUGAUGAGGACGACGAUGAAGACCUUCCACGUUUCAUCCUCCGUUAUGAGACACGUGCAUUUGAAACCGGCAUGAUAGUGUGGUUUAAAUAUCAAAAAUACCCAUUUUGGCCAGCAGUGAUCAAAAGCAUCAGGCGGAAAGAGAGGAAAGCGAGUGUGCUUUUGGUUGAGGCAGACAUGAAUCCUCAAAAGAGAGGCGUUAGAGUAUCUUUGAGAAGGCUGAAAAAAUAUGACUGUAAAGAGAAACAGGCACUAGUGGAGAAAGCCAGGGAGGAGUACAAGGAGAGCAUUGAUUGGUGCGUGUCGCUGAUUUGUGACUACCGAGUUAGACUAGGCUGUGGUUCUUUUACUGGUUCAUUCUUUGAGUAUUACGCUGCUGACAUCAGUUACCCGGUCAGGAAAAUCAUCAAACAAGAUACGUUCAGAAAUAUAUUUCCAAAGCUAUACAAUGAAGACGCGGGGGAGCAAUUGCCUGUGGCAUCUCACGCCAAGAGAGUAUCUUUCCGGAAAAUUCUCCCUGAUCGCAUGAAGCCUGCUCGGGACCGAGCUAACAAGAACCUUGUAGAUUUCAUUGUCAAUGCAAAAGGAACUGAGGACCACCUCCUGGGAAUUUUAAAGGGCACAAAAAAAUCCAAGUGGCUGAAAUCAUUUCUGAAUGCAAAGAGUUUCACACCCUGUAUUGAAACCUACUUUGAAGACGAAGAUCAACUGGAUGAAGUGGUGAAAUAUCUACAAGAAAUUUAUAAGCAAAUUGACCAGAAGAUGCUGACUCUGAUAAAAGAUGACAAAAUUAAGUUUGUCUUGGAAGUUCUUCUACCCGAAGCAAUUAUUUGCUCAAUUUCUGCAGUUGAUGGCUUAGAUUAUGAAGCAGCGGAGGCAAAGUAUCUAAAGGGACCAUCCCUUGGCUAUAGGGAGAGAGAAUUAUAUGAUUCCAAAAUCCUAUUUGAAAAGAGGCGGAGGUCAUUACCAAAUGAAGGUCGUUAAUUAUGCCAAGAGUUGAAACCAAAAUGGAAACUAGAUGAAACUUUGGAAAAGUAAUCUUCUAAAAGUUCCAAUGCAUAAAUAUUUGCUGAAAAUGAAGGGAGGGUCCUUGAAUUCUAAGUUCUUUUAUUUUUUGAAGAUCCAUGUGAUCCGCAAAUACCAAUACAUCCACCUUUAUUUUCUUGUGCUUUUUCAGAUUCAGCUUUAUCAGUAUAUUUUUAGCAGUUUUUCUAAUAUAUUUUGGAAUGCAUAAUUCUUAGGCAACUUUAGGGGGAACUGUUACUUUGUUUUAUGAUAUUUUGGUGUCUUUGCUGUAUAGGUAAAUACAUUAUGUACAUUCAGUUCAAUAAAACUGCACUGGUGUUAGAUUUUAAGCAAGAGAAUUAGAAGAGAUGUCUAAAACAAAUACCAGUUAUAUAUUUUUUUGGUCAAUUUUUUUAUAAAGUACUGACUUUUCUCUUAAGAUAGCCAAUUUAUUUUUCCUGCCAUGCCUAUUUAUUUUUGGGAAAAAAUAUCUCUAAAUCAUAGAACCAAAGAUAGAUUAAAAUUUGCCACAUAUAUACAACUAACCACAAUUGCUUCUGCAAGAAAACAAUCUAAAAUUAAAAAGUAAAUGGGUUAUCCACAUGUAAUCUAUCUGAGUGUACGUAUGUUUAUAACACCUCAGCAUGCAGAAAAUGAUUGUUCAUUGUACACUUCUCUGAAAUUCUAGUUUGAGGAGUGUCUGUCGUUCAGUGCUGAAUAAUUUCUAAAACAGAUAAACUUCUGGCUAUCUUCAUUAUCAUGAGUAGAUCAUAAUAUAGCAAUUUGAGUACAUGUAGAAGACAGUUAAAAUGAGCGUGUCAACAGUCUAGCCACCCUACAGUCCAGGGUUGCUGCUUCAUAUCCUUCUAGUUUGAUAUAAAGUAAGAAAAGCAAGCACUGUGUUCAGUCCUUUCUCCGAAUAUAAAGUCAUUUGUCUCCAACCAAGCAAGCUUUAGCAUCUGGCUUAUUUCUAGAACGGUUCCAAUUGGUUCCAGUAACAUAAUUGCCAACUGGUUAAUCAUUCCAACAUACUAGAUGGACCAGUAUCUGGGAAAUUGGAAAAAUGUUACAGCAAAAGUUCUUUACUUGCUACAUGUGGCCGUUAUUCUGUAUAUGGUUAUGUAUACAAAAUUAGUCGUUCUUGUAACUUGAAACAAGAUUUUUUUUAUAAGACUAAAUCUUAGAAAAGCUAGUAUAUUUAAAAAAAAUUAAUGUGAAAAGGUGUACUAAGGGCUUAACACAAACCUAUCUCCAUUUUUACCUCACAGAGUGAGGCAACUUUCACUCUUGGGCUCUUUUGUGUUCAUCUCACACAGCUCUGUGUUUAUGUACAAUUUGCAGAAUUUUGGUAUUUGAUUUAUAAUAAAGCUCUCAUAUCUUUCACUUUAGAUGUUCAUUUCACUUUAGAUAUAUAGAGACAUUGUGGUGUUUGUGUAAAUGAAUAUAUGUACAAGCAUAUAUAUCUACAUGCACACACAAUUCAUUUAAAACUUGUAAGUGUUGUCAUCAUUUAACUCUUGUUAUAAGUUGUCAUUCUAAAUAAAUGCCCACUUUCAGGA